AUGUCGUCCACCGGUUCCGUCAAGGUCGACGCCGUCGUCGAGAAGGCCAAGGCCAACGCCCCCAACACCCCCCAGGGCGUCGACCUGUACUCGCGCUUUGCCCUCGCCGGUGCCAUCUGCUGCUCCCUCACCCACGGUGGUCUGACCCCCGUCGAUGUCGUCAAGACCCGCAUCCAGCUUGACCCCAAGACCUACAACCGCGGUCUGAUCGGUGGCUUCCGCCAGGUCGUCCAGAACGAGGGUGCCGGUGCUCUCCUCACCGGUGUCGGCCCUACCUUUGCCGGCUACUUCCUCCAGGGCGCCUUCAAGUUCGGAGGAUACGAGUUCUUCAAGCAGCAGUGGAUCAACAACAUUGGCUACGAGUCCGCCUCCAAGAACCGCACCGCCGUCUACCUCGCCUCCUCCGCCUCGGCCGAGUUCUUCGCCUCCAUCGCCCUCUGCCCCCUCGAGGCCACCCGUAUCCGCCUCGUCUCCCAGCCCACCUUCGCCUCCGGCCUCAUCUCUGGCUUCGGCAAGAUCCUCAAGAACGAUGGCAUCGGUGCUUUCUACGCUGGUUUCGGCCCCAUCCUCUUCAAGCAGAUCCCCUACACCAUGACCAAGUUCGUUGUCUACGAGAAGGCCGCCGAGGCCAUCUUCGGCGUCUGGGACAAGAACUCCCUCUCCAACGGCAUGCAGACCGUCGCCAACCUCGGUGCCGGUCUCGUCGCCGGUUUCGCUGCCGCCAUUGUCUCCCAGCCCGCCGAUACCAUGCUGUCCAAGAUCAACAAGACCAAGGGUGAGCCCGGCCAGGGCACCAUCUCCCGCCUCGCUGUCAUCGCCAAGGAGCUCGGCAUCCGUGGUUCCUUCUCCGGUCUCCCUGCCCGUCUCUUCAUGGUCGGCACCCUGACCGCCGGUCAGUUCGCCAUCUACGGUGACUUCAAGAAGCUCCUCAACGCCACUGGUGGUGUUGAGAUUGCCAAGUAAACGAAUUUGCGCAUAGAAAAGAGUUCACGGGGCGAUGAAUGUCCAUCUGGCCCAAGAGCUGGGCGGGAUGUCACUCGCGCGCUCGCCUCCACGGUGAACAUAUGAAGGUGGUGAUUGCCUUUUUUGUAAUGAGGCUUUACAGGAUAUCGAAGAUGGGGCGGUGAUGUCGAACUGGCAUCGCACUUGUUGUAGCGAAGGGGUGCAAGAUUCGGACUCGAGACACGCAGAACAAUCAUAGAAAAUGGGUCGGGAUCCGGUUGCCAUCCCAGUUGCUGGGGUUGUAUUAUAGGCGAUUUCAUGCAACUUUCAUAAUAGAUCUGGAGAGUUCCACACUGCGUUCUGGUGUAGAUUUUAAAGUC